UCUGCCUUCUAUUCCCUUACCUUCUGGAAGCAUAAAUGUGUGGACAUGGCUGGGGCACAGCCAGGGGUCCAUGCUCUGCAGCUCAAACGUGUCUGCGUCUCUGACACCUUGAAGAAAGGAUCCAAGUGUAUCAAAUGGGAUGAUGACUCUACUCUUGUGUAUCCUGUCUUCCUCAAAGUGGAUGCUAAUGGAUUUUUUAUACACUGGGUAGAUCAAAAUAAGGAAACUGAACUUUUGGAUUUAAUUCUUGUGAAAGAUGCCAGAUGGGGAAAGCAUGCACGAACUCCAAAGGACCCAAAGUUACGAGAACAGUUGGAAGUUGGUAGCUUUGGUGGAAGGCUGGAGUAUCGCAUGUUUACCAUAGUCUAUGGUCCAGAUAUGGUCAACAUCUCGUAUUUAAACUUAGUAGCAUAUCAAGAAGAAAUUGCCAAGGAGUGGACAGAUGAGAUUUUCAGUCUGGCAACAAAUCUGCUGGCACAGAACAUGUCCAGAGAUGCAUUUCUGGAAAAAGCGUACACCAAGCUAAAACUUCAAGUCAAUCAAGAGGGACGGAUUCCUAUUAAAAACAUAUACCGCCUAUUUUCUGCAGACAGAAAGCGAGUGGAAACAGCACUAGAGGCUUGUAGUCUUCCAUCCGGCAGAAGUGAUUUAAUUCCUCAGGAUGACUUCACCCCAGAUGUUUACAGAACCUUCCUAAACAAUCUAUGUCCUCGACCUGAGAUAGACAACAUAUUCUCAGAGUUUGGCACAAAAAGUAGAUCAUACCUCUUAGUUGACCAGAUGACAGAAUUCAUUAACCUAAAACAGCGGGAUCCACGACUAAAUGAAAUUCUCUAUCCACCAUUGAAACAAGAACAAGUUCAACAGCUAAUUGAGAAAUAUGAGCCAAACAGCAGCCUGUCAUCAAAAGGUCAGAUAUCUGUGGAAGGAUUUAUGCAUUACCUAAGCGGAGUAGAAAAUGGAGUAGUACCUCCUGAGAAACUGGAUUUAAAUGAAGAUAUGUCUCAGCCCCUUUCCCAUUAUUUUAUUAAUUCCUCACAUAAUACCUACCUCACAGCGGGGCAGCUUGCUGGGAACUCCUCAGUAGAGAUGUAUCGUCAAGUGCUACUGGCGGGUUGCCGCUGUGUUGAACUGGACUGCUGGAAGGGCAGAACCGCAGAGGAGGAGCCAGUCAUUACUCAUGGCUUCACCAUGACUACUGAAAUAUUAUUUAAGGAAGUAAUAGAAGCUAUCGCUGAGUGUGCAUUUAAGACCUCACCGUACCCAAUUCUCCUGUCUUUUGAAAAUCAUGUGGACUCACCAAAACAACAAGCAAAGAUGGCAGAAUACUGCAAGCAAAUAUUUGGGGAUGGACUUCUGACAGAACCGCUAGAAAAGUAUCAUCUCGAGCCAGGGGUGACUCUUCCCAGCCCUAUGGAGUUAAAGUAUAAAAUCCUGGUGAAGAAUAAGAAGAAAUCUCACAAGUCAUCUGAAGGAAGCGCAAAGAAGAAGCUGUCAGAGCAAGCAUCCAAUGCCUGCAGCGACUCUUCCAGUGUGUUUGAGCCAUCAUCUCCUGGGGCUGGUGAAGCUGACAUUGAAAGUGAUGAAGAUGAUGAGGACGAUGAUGAUGACUGUAAGAAAUCUUCCAUGGAGGAAGGCACAGCAGGAAAUGAAGCCAGCGCCACAGAGGAAAUGUCUAACCUGGUGAACUACAUUCAGCCUGUGAAGUUUGAGUCUUUUGAGAUCUCUAAAAAAAGAAACAAAAGCUAUGAAAUGUCCUCCUUUGUGGAAACCAAGGGACUUGAGCAGCUAACUAAAUCCCCCGUAGAAUUUGUAGAAUAUAACAAAAUGCAGCUGAGUCGAAUUUAUCCAAAAGGGACACGUGUGGAUUCAUCAAAUUACAUGCCUCAGGUUUUCUGGAAUGCUGGAUGUCAGAUGGUGGCUCUUAACUUUCAGACUAUAGAUUUUUCUAUGCAGCUAAAUAUGGGAAUGUAUGAAUAUAAUGGUAAAUGUGGAUACAGGCUGAAGCCAGAGUUUAUGAGAAGGCAAGAUAAGCAGUUUGAUCCAUUUACAGAGACCACAGUGGAUGGAAUAGUGGCAAACACAGUGUCUGUUAAGAUAAUUUCAGGGCAGUUCCUUUCAGAUAAAAAGGUUGGAACCUAUGUGGAAGUAGACAUGUUUGGCUUACCCGUUGAUACCAGGCGAAAAGCAUUCAAGACGAAGACAUCACAAGGCAAUGCUGUGAACCCAGUAUGGGAAGAGGAACCUAUUGUCUUCAAGAAGGUAGUGCUACCAUCUCUGGCUAGUCUCAGAAUAGCAGCCUAUGAAGAAGGAGGAAAGUUCAUAGGUCAUCGGAUACUGCCAGUCUCUGCAAUUCGGCCAGGUUAUCACUACAUCUCUCUACGAAACGAGAAGAAUGUACCACUGACACUGCCAGCCAUCUUUGUCUACAUAGAUGUGAAAGAUUACGUCCCUGAUACAUUUGCAGAUGUAAUUGAAGCUUUAUCGAAUCCAAUUAGAUACGUGAAUUUGAUGGAACAAAGAUCGAGACAGCUGGCGGCUCUGACACUGGAAGAUGAGGAAGAAAUAAAGAAAGAGAUAGAAGCUAGAGAUGUUCCACUGGAAGCCAACAGUGAGCCAAGGCCGGCCCCAGCAGAAAAUGGCUUGAAUCAUGCUUCCACAUUAACGCCUAAGACAUCAUCUCAGAAUGUUCACAGUCAGCCUGUACCAGGUUCUGUUAAAAUACCUGCUAAAGCAGCACCUGCAGAAGACCUCAUAAUGAGUGUUUUAACAGAGGUAGAAGCUCAGAGUAUUGAUGAACUGAAGCAACAGAAGUCGUUUGUUAAGCUUCAAAAGAAGCAUUAUAAAGAAAUGAAAGAUCUCGUAAAAAAACACCAUAAGAAAACAACUGACCUGAUCAAAGAACAUACCACUAAGUACAAUGAAAUCCAGAAUGAUUACUUGAGGAGGAGGGCCAUACUGGAGAAGGCUGCCAAAAGGGACAGCAAAAAGAAGUGUGAAUCAGGGAGUCCGGAUCAUAAUUCUUCCUCUGUUGAACAAGAUUUAGCCGCAUUAGAUGCAGAAAUGGCACAGAAAUUAGUAGAGCUGAAGGAACAACAGCAACAGCAGCUUCUCAAUCUCCGGCAAGAACAGUAUUACAGCGAGAAAUACCAGAAAAGAGAGCAUAUCAAACAGCUCAUCCAGAAACUCACAGAUGUGGCAGAGGAGUGCCAGAACAACCAACUAAAAAAACUCAAAGAAACAUGUGAGAAAGAAAAGAAAGAAUUAAAAAAGAAGAUGGACAAGAAACGACAAGAAAAAGUCACAGAAACAAAAUCAAAAGACAAAAAUCAAAUGGAAGAGGAGAAGACAGAGAUGAUCCGAUCGUAUAUCCAGGAAGUAGUGCAGUACAUUAAAAGGUUAGAAGAUGCUCAGAGCAAAAGACAAGAGAAGCUUAUAGAAAAACACAAGGAGAUUCGUCAGCAGAUUCUGGAUGAAAAGCCCAAGUUGCAGGUUGAACUUGACCAAGAAUAUCAAGACAAAUUCAAACGACUUCCCAUGGAAAUACAAGAGUUUGUUCAAGAAACAAUGAAGGGAAAAUUCAGUGAGGAUGGUGAACAUAGCUCUGCAAUCUUGACGCCUGACAGUGGCAAAUCCCCCAAUUCUGGAAAUCAUAAAAGUCUGGAUCAUGAAGAGGAAGGAGAAGCAGGAACUCCAGAAAAGUCAUUUGACACAUCACUCUAAUGGUGGCUGCAAGGUGGCAAUAUCUUUUUAUGCUGGCAGGGGGCGCCUACAUACUGCCUGUUACUUAUUGUGUGCGGUGUGAACACUGCCUCUAGUGGUCGGUGCAGGAAGCUUAUGUGCUCUUUUAAAUGCACACUUCCAGAAGAAGUAGAUUUGUAUUGCACUCAGCAGUAAUUUUUGUAACUAUUUAACAUUAUUCUAUGUCUUGGAGGAGUUUCUAUGUGGGAAUUAACAUGCAUUUAGUUCUGUAUGGCUUCUUUGUUGGUGUUGCACAACUUAAACUAGCUUCCAGCCAAACACACAUUACCAAAUAGGCAAAACAGAUCAGUAUGGUGUGUUCUAAGGAGCAUUUAUUGAAGUCUACUUUCAGUAGACUACAGACCAGCGUUAAUGCUGGUGUCAAGCUACACAGUAAUUGACAGAUAUUUUGGCUUACUCACUAAAGCAGUGCCAAACACAUUUCUAUUGUGCAAAGCCCAAUUUCCUUGGCAGCCAAUCAGAAAUCAGCUUUUGCUGAUCUGACUCAGUACACUGAAAUUGGCUGCUAUGGCUUACUGCACGUUGCAUUGCCUUAAUAGGUAAGCCCGGUUGUCCUUUUUUUAACUGCACCUGAAUAACGAAAUAUUUGCUUUACGUUUGCACUGAAAGAUUAAACCUUUUGAUUUGCAAGCACUGGUUGCUUGCACUUUUUAUAUUUUAUGUACUUGUUAUAUAAGUAACGACAGUAACGUCUUGACUGUGGUCAAAGCUUGAGAGGGCAUUGCAGGAAGUAUUUAUCAGUUUAUGCGUGUACCCACAGUAUACCUCCGGCACACAGAGGUGUUGAGCAUGUGGGUUUUAUUUAUGGGGACUGAACCCUCAGGAGAAGAAAAGGGAGCCAAUUGUGCAUGUCGGAACAAAGGAUACUAAGUUCUUGGUUAGAUUCUGCAAAUUAGUAAAAUAAAAAUAGGUGUAACAGUUUCUUUUUCCUGUGGUAUUAGUGUUGUAUUGUACGUUAAAGUAGUCUUUGGAUAUACAUUUUAAAAAAAUAUAUAGAUAUAUAUAUAAAUAAAUAUAUAAAUAUAUUUUGCAGGAUCAAAAAUAUUAAAGUAUUAUAGUUUAUGUAAACUUUUCUGAGAACUGUAAACAAUACAAGAAUAAAAUUAAAAAAACAAACAAAAACAUCGUGCUCCAUUAAAACACGGGAAUUAAGCUGUACAAUAUUGCAGCUUCUGUGAAGUGAUCAAAUUGUUCUGUUUAUAAAUGACAUUGUUUCAUGUUGGUGGAAUUACAAUGGUAAGAGCAAGA